AUGAAACCAGCAGCUAGCUCCUCGGGAAAAAUACCCAGUGUGUACAAAGACACCUUGGAUGAGAGUGAAUUCAGAAGAGGACUGGAAGAGAACCGAGACCAUGUGUGUUCAUCCCCAGUCAACUUCAGAUCUUUCCUUCAGAAUUCCAUGCACACUGAGGCAGAGCAUGAACCCCUCCCACCCGAUACGUCUACCGAUGUCAAGGACUCAGAAAGGCUGUUGGGAGAGAUUGCCUUCCAGCUGGAUAGAAGGAUUCUGCGCCACAUCUUUCAGGGUCAGAGGAGGCAUUAUGGUUUCAAUCUGCUGAAUAUCCCACAGAAGAUCAUUGAGGUCAGCACACACCCACUGACCGGUAAAGUCGAUGAAGGAUAUCAGUGUUAUCUUUCACAGAGGUACCAUGACCUCAUGGAAGAGUUGACCCAUCUUAGAUACAAACCAACACUUCACCCAACCUUCAGUGAAUUUAUCAUCAAUACGUACGGGAUCCUGAAGCAGAGGCCUAAUGCGGUCAGUACGGAAAUGAUGGACUACAAUCAUCCCGACUUUCUGAAGAAGGUGAUAGAGACCACUGCCCAGAGUAAACUCAAGAAGGACAUUUUGGUUUUGCUGGACUGCCUCUGUUACAUGGCCCAAAAGGACAGGAACCCACUUCUUCUCUAUUAG